CUGAAGGGUAACUCAACAUGGAGCAUUGCAUUAUUGUGUGAGCUCUAGUCGAUGACAUUUUCUCUCGGAUCAUCGUGGUUCACCCACAACUUCACUGUAAUGUGUCAGUAAUAACAAUAUAACUUUGCCUAAAGUUACUGCACAUAAAGUGUCCUUUAAAUCUGGGAUGAGGAACCCCAGACGCAUGUUAUAUGCAUUUUAACUGUCAUACAGGAAAUUGGUAAAUCUUGCAUUUUUAUUAAUUUACCUUAAGUAUUUAUAAGAAAAAGGGAACCUCUCACUAUUGGGGGUACCCUUUUUAAACCUUAUUUUAACAUAACUACUCUACACUACAUAAAUAACAUUUUCUGUUCUCCCUUGCAGAUCCUGUCAAACAAGUCACCUGUCCGAACAUAUACACCUGAUUUACCGAACCCAAAGGCACUUUUAAGAGCCAACCUAUCUAUCUAUCUGUCUGUCUAACUAUCUAUUUCUGUCUAACUCUCACAACCUCUCUGUAUACAGUACAUCUGUCUGUUUGUUUGUGUCCGUCUGUCUGUAUCUGUUUGCAUUGUAAUGGCCUCCAAACAUAAACUUGACUCACAGGAUCCCCACUACCAAGAGGGGAGACGUAUGGCUCUUAAACUGAAACUAGACCGUGUUCUAGCUGAAGCCAGGACAGCAGCUGUGGAGAGGAAACGUGCACGCUCUGUAGGAGACCCUCCACAGACCUCUAAAAGGGACUCUUUAGGACAUGGCAAGCCGAGGGGGAGGCAAGGAGGGCGACGCCAAGCUUCAGCUACAGUCACACACACCCCGGUUGAAUGCUCCCUUGCAUCCAGUGUGGAGGUUCCACUUACUGUGCCCUCAGCAGAGCUAAAUCCUCAAGAGCAAUUUGAAAAAAAUAUGGAGAGGCUCUCUGAUAUUUUGACAUCUUAUCCUGCUGCUGAGCCUCAGAAAAGCUCUGCAUCAUCAUGGUCUUUUCGGCAGCAGAAAGCCUCAGAGCGCUGGAAAGAAGCAAGACCAUACCACCUAAAAUGCCUUAUUGAAAAAGAGAGAAUCAUUUAUAUCUUGGACUCAGACCCGGUGGAUCAGACGCAGGAGGUUGAAGAUUUGGAUCUUCUGUAUGACAGUCUGGAGGUUUAUAACCAGAGCGACAGCGGGCCAGAGAUGGAGGAUAAUGAGCGUCUCCUGAGCACCCUAAACCCAAACUCCAGUAACGUAUCCGUUCACAGAAGAUCUACAUUCUGUAAGUGCAGUUUAAUAUGCUGA